UCCCCUCCUCUUCUCCCCCCUUUCGCCUGGACUCACAAUGGCGACGCUGCAGAAAUUCAAGCAUUUCGCCGCGCAGUGUGGAGCGGCGUCGACGGGGAACCCGACGCAGAGCCCAACCACCAGCCCGGUCGUCCACCUCCGCCGCCGCAAGACCCUCCGCAUGCUCCUCUCUCGCGGCUCCCCCGCCGCCGACCACCACCGUCCUCGAGCUAUGGCGAUGUUCGACGAGGGCCAGAAGCAGCGGCGGGAUCUGCCGUCCGAUUGUAAGAGGGCCAGAAGGAGAUUGAAGGAUCUGUUCGUCUCUUCUUCACCUCCGUUUGAUGAUGACAGGACCAAGAAUCGGGGUCGCGACGGCGUCCGGAUGCUGACUGCCGGCCCCGGUGAAAUUGACGACGGCGCUAGCGAUCGCGGUGUUGGGAGCAAUGGUAAUUAUACUAAUAGUGGCUUUGGUCGCGGUUUCUCCGGUCGUCGGAGAGGGCUCAGACAGGGUGCGGCGUCGUUUCGGUGUAGGUUACUGAGGAGAGCUUGGCGGCCUGUACUGGUCACUAUUCCAGAAUAGAUUAGUAAUUUUUUUUUUCGUCGUUGAAAACUUGAAAUCUGUACGUAUAAUGAAAAAUGGAACGUAUUUCAUUUUCUGAAAUUUUUGUCUCCCCAAUUUUCGUAGGCUGAGAUAAUUAGAUUUUGUUAACCCCUAAUUUUGGACAGAGAAAGAGAUUGGAUU